GGCGAGCCGGCGGCGGGGAUGCCGGGCUCAGGCGGCGGUUGCUGCCGCUGCUGUUGCUGCUGCUUUGGGGAGCCGGGGCGGAGCAGAUGGAGGAGCACCUGAAGCGGGAGCACUCGCUCACCAUGCCUUACCAGGGUGCCGCCUCCCCUUCCCUCCUUCGCGGCUGUAUCGGGUUGGCUUGCUAGGUGGAAACUCGUCCGGCGAAGCCUCUCCCAGGGACAUGGUUCUUUUAGGCUCGGAGAGGCUCCACCUGUUGCAUGCCUGCCUGCUAGGGCACCGGGCGUCCCCCGGAGUUACUUUCCUAGAUAGGGAGGGAGGCUGUCGGGGUUUGCAAUGCUGCCUCGGUUGAGCCGCUGCCCGCUUUGCAGAAUUCAGCGUGCAAAGAAGCGGCGGAGUACAGUGGCAGGGAUAUGGGUGGCGGGGGGUGGGUGUUGGCACAGAAAUUAUCCAGGACUGGGACCAAGGUGGCAAUUGCGGGCUGCAAGGAGAAAAUGCCAUAGGUGAACAUUUCCUUGCCAACGCGCCUAGCAUAACGGGAAAGCGGUUGCAUUUCCACCUGUGGGGAGGUGAAAUGAAUGCAAGGUGGGAGUCUGGCGUUCGUCCAGGUGUGGGAUCGGCGAGUUCCUCCUUGUGGGAACUUAUGGGCAAUGCUAUGGUGAUGACCCAGUUUGUCCGCCUCACUCCAGAUAUCCAAAGCAAGCAGGGUGCUGUCUGGAAUAGAGUGCCUUGUUACUUGAGGGACUGGGAGAUGCAAGUGCAUUUCAAAGUCCACGGGCAAGGGAAAAAAAACCUCAACGGAGAUGGCUUUGCCGUCUGGUACACAAAGGAUCGAAUGCAGCCAGGGCCGGUCUUUGGCAGCAAGGAUAACUUCAUAGGGCUGGGCGUGUUUGUAGACACCUACCCAAACGAGGAGAAGCAGCAGGAGGCACAGAAGAAGAGGUAUUCUUCAGGAAACCAGCGCGUGUUCCCUUACGUCUCGGCCAUGAUCAGCAACGGGUCCCUUGCCUAUGACCAUGACAGGGACGGGAGGCCGACGGAACUCGGGGGCUGCACGGCCAUGGUGCGCAACCUGGACCAUGACACUUUCCUGGUGAUCCGCUACGUGAAGAGGAGGCUUACCGUCUUGCUUGAUAUUGAUGGAAAGCAUGAAUGGAGAGAUUGCAUCGACAUUCCCGGAGUCCAUUUACCUCGCGGAUACUUCUUCGGAAUCUCUUCUGUCACGGGAGACUUGUCAGACAAUCACGACAUAAUUUCUCUGAAGCUGUACCAGCUGACGGUCGAACGGACUCGGGAGGAAGAGAAACGUGACAAAGAGGUCUUCCUUCCCGUGGUGGAGAACAUGAAGCUCCCUGGGAUGGAGACGCCGAUGGAACCCAUGAGCGGCCUUGCUCUUUUCUUGAUCGUCUUCUUUUCGCUGGUGGCCAUCGUCUUCGCCAUCGUCAUCGGCAUUAUCGUUUACAACAAAUGGCAAGAACAGAGCCGGAAACAUUUCUACUGACCCACAGGCCUCGUCUUUGAACCUUCGUGCCCUCCUCCUCUCUGGACAGCCAUCAGAUUUUAUCAGCAACGGGCCGUCAUGGAAACAGGCAGCUCAUCUUGGGAAGCCCUGUCCAGUGGGCCUCUGGCUGUCUGGCUCCUCAACUUAACACUGGGCCAAUGUAGGACUGGCGGGCUUCUUGUGGUGGUGAGACACCAUUAUCUCUGCUCUUUCCUUUGCCUUCUUUGAACUGAGUUCUUAGCACUGGCUUCCGGUGGGUUGUGACAGGCUUUGUCAGCAGCUCCCUGCAUAUGUAGCACACAAUGGACUCUCAUGUCACUGUUGACUCAUUUGGGGGACAUUUAAUCAGUGAUUCGGAGCUGCCACCCUCUGCUCCCCUGGUGGAGUUUGUUGGAAGAUGGGGCUGUGGGGUGGGGAAUCUCAAGACAGCAGCCCCUGGUGCAGUGAAAAGGAAACCAGGAUAUGGUAAUCAGCACUAAUGAACUGAAAGUUCCUUUGGGAUUCCUUGAGUAGCAGAUCUUUGCCUGGAUGGCAAAGGCAGAACCCUUGUAGCCUGAAGAAAACCAAGGCCAUUAUCUUGUUCAUCCUGCAACACAACUCUUUUCUUCUGUUCAGGGCAAGCCUCAUGAUGAAACCACUAUCCUGCUGAAUAAACCAAUGUGAAUCUCUUUGCUCCUUCAGCACAGCAGCUCCCUCCUCUUCCUCCUCCUCUCUGCCCAUUUUCCCCUCCCAUCUGCCCUCUUGACCUUUUUGGCUGCCCAGCGGUCCUUGCUGCUGUAUGUUCUUUCCCUGGGUGAAACAAGUUGGCCCUCACGAAGAGAUGGAAGUGUGGUUUCUGCUUUCAAAGUGGACCUCAAACCCGGGCCUCUAGCUUUGGAAGUUGGGGAUAAAUACUUGAGGCUGGGAGACCAGGCUUUACUUUUGGCUGCAUCAGCAAAACCUGAAAAGAAACGCUUGUUGGACCACAGGGCUGCAUUUCCCAGGGUCAAAGUGGUUCUUGAAUGUUUGGGUCAACCUUUGGAAAACUGGGAAGCUUGUUGGCAGCUCGUGGGAUUCAGAGCAGGGACUGUUGUUACAGUACUCCAAAAAAUGGCUUUGUCCACCGCGACUGAUCAUCCCUGCAUCGUCCGAGAAUGAGCGGCUUGCAGGGAGUAACAGUGGAACCAGUGAGAGAUGCCUUGGGCACUGAGCAUAAUCUCUAAAAUCCCCCCCGCCCCCCCAUGGCUUGCCUGGCCUCAGCAGUGUGGGGCUGGCAGAUCUCAAGGGUUUCUCAUGGGGGAAAUUUAGCCUACAAACAGAUGUGGCCCAACUUGAGAUUUCCCUGAUAAUAAACACAACUCUUUUCUUCUGUUCAGGGCAAGCCUCAUGGUGAAACCACGAUCCUGCUGAAUAAACCAAUGUGAAUCACUUUGCUCCUUCAGCCCAGCAGCUCCCUCCUCUUCCUCCUCCUCUCUGCCCGUCUUCCCCUCCCAUCUGCCCUCUUGACCUUUUUGGCUGCCCAGCGGUCCUUGCUCCUGUAUGUUCUUUCCCUGGGUGAAACAAGUUUCCCUGGGUGAAACAAGAGUAGUUUAAAACAAGUAGUUUUAAACUACACUUCUAAGAAAACAAAAUGCUGCUGACUGACUUUGCUAUUGUUAGAUUUUCUAAAGCCAGCUUUUCCCUGUUACUCAGAGGAUGACCUCACUUCAUCUCCUUGGCUGCCUGAUCCACCCAUUCCCCUGUAGUUAAUUUCACUCCUGCCUCUCCACGGGCAAAAUUCCUUCUCCUACAGAUCAGAUCCUUCUUUUCUUCCCUCCCUCCUUCCGUCCCUCCUUCCUCUUUCUAUCUGUCCCUCCCCUCCCCUCCCUCCCUUCCUUCCCCAAGAUUUGCUGGUUGGAGGAAAUGAAAAUGUUAUUCCCCACUGGAGCUUUUUAGCCCAGCAAUUCUGAAUAUCCAUCCCAGUCUUUCAGGAGAGGAGCUGACUGACCUACCUCCGCUGACAAAGUCCUCUUUGGUGGAUGAUCUCAUGUGGGAAAUUCAUGGCUUCUGGGAAUUUCGUGGUGAUACUGUGUAGAGAAACCAACAGUUGCCUUCUAGAGUGAGAAAGUUUGGUUACUUCUCAGAUCACAAAAUUUGUUCUUGGGGUCGGUUUUCCAUUGGUUUCUUUUUUUCCCACUCUUUAUCCGUCAGUUGUAUGUCUCUGAGCUGUGCUAAGUAGUCUGAUCCAGCUUCUGUGUUGAAAAUGCGGUUUUGGGGGAAGGGCUGAUACAUUUCCUCACAUUCCAUCAUGGUCUCCUCCAGUCUCACCUGCUCAUGAUUUUUUUUUUCUUCUACUUUUCAAGGCUUGGCGGCAUUUUGUAAAGGAAGGUUUUGCUGUCUUCCUUACUUGAGGUACCCCAAGAAACCAGAGAAUACACUUAGCAGGAUCAUACUAUAAGGCUUUAUGUAGCCAGUUAUGUGCUAGGGCUAGUGAGAGCAAAGCCAAUUCAGAGUGAGGGCUCUGCUUUUCGGCCUAGUCGUAUGGAUAGUGCCAACCGGUGAGAACACAGACUGUACUCUUCCAAUUUGUCUUCUCCAGGUUGUCCUCCAAAUAGGUUGAAGCAUCCAGAGUUUGGAAAUCAAAUUCCUGGACAUCAGGUUUGGGGAUGAUUGGCUUUGGCAAUGCAGGUUCAUGGGCAAAAAUUGCUAAAAGGGCAGAAUUGGCUUUUAGGGGUGAAAAAUAUUCACCCCCAAAGACAUCCCCCUGUGAACAAAGGUGUGUAGAAGUUUUCAGUUCUUCAGAACUCUUCAUUAACCACGAUGGUAAGCUAAAUCGAAGGAUUGGGGAAAGGGAGAAACACACCCACGACUGAGGCAUCUCUACUUUUAGCUUGAGUUAAUUCCUCAAGCGCAUGCUUUUCUUCUCUAUUCUCGGGGAUAUGUUUUGGACACUCGUGUGCUGCUCUCAAAUCACAAGCUGCUGUUUUUAAAGAGGUUUUUUAAUCUACUGUCAUAAAUAUAUAAAUAUUGUGCCCAGCUACUUCUGUAAAAGGUCAGCUAAGGAGGUCAGCAGCUGCGGAUAAACUCCUUCUACUGCCAAUGGAGCUGUCCAUGGGAUUAUUGUAUUUAUACGUAUAUAUUGACUUUAGUUUUUUAAUUAUUAUUUUACAUUACAUUAUACACAACAGCUACUACGUUAAACAGUCUUGUAUCUUAAA